AUGCGCUCACCAAACGGCCUUCCUACAACUGUCUUAUUUGUAUCUCUGUCACUCGCUCUCUCUCUCUGUCACUCGCUCUCUCUCUCUGUCACUCGCUCUCUCUCUCUCUGUCACUCGCGCUCUCUCUCUCUGUCACUCGCGCUCUCUCUCUCUGUCUCUCUCUCUCUCUCUGUCUCGCGCUCUCUCUCUCUGUCCUCCUUUCUCUCUCUGUCCUCCUUUCUCUCUCUGUCCGCUCUCUCUCUCUGCGCUCUCUCUCUCUGUCACUCUCUCUCUCUCUCUCUCUCUCUCUCUCUGUCACUCUCUCUCUCUCUGUCUCUCUCUCUCUGUCACUCUCUCUCUCUCUCUCUCUCUCUCUCUCUCUCUCUCUCUCUGUCUCUCUCUCUCUGUCUCUCUCUCUCUCUGUGUCUCUCUCUCUCUGUCUCUCUCUCUCUCUCUGUCACUCUCUCUCUCUCUGUCACUCUCUCUGUCACUCUCUCUCUCUCUGUCACUCGCUCUCUCUCUCCUUCUCUCUCUCGUAUAUUCUCUCUCACGUGUUGCUCUCGUAGGCUCUCUCUCUCUUGCUCUUUCUCUCUCUCUCUUGCUCUCUCUCUCUCUCUCCACGUAUUUCCGUUCAUUGCUUUUCUCUCCUCUAUCGUUUCAUUUCCCCUCACGUCAUUUCUUAAUUCUUCUGUUUAUCACAAGAUUCUUUCUACCCUAUCCGCCUUAUGUUUCCUCUCUUUUUCCUCCCCCCUCUGCCCCAUGUUUCCUCUCUUUUCCUCCCCCCUCUGCCCCAUGUUUCCUCUCUUUUUCCUCCCCCCUCUGCCCCAUGUUUCCUCUCUUUUUCCUCCCCCCUCUGCCCCAUGUUUCUCUCUUUUUCCCCCCCUCUGCCCCAUGUUUCCUCUCUUUUCCUCCCCCCCCUCUGCCCCAUGUUUCCUCUCUUUUUCCUCCCCCUCUGCCCCAUGUUUCCUCUCUUUUCCUCCCCCCUCUGCCCCAUGUUUCCUCUCUUUUUUCCCCCCCCUCUGCCCCAUGUUUCUCUCUUUUUCCUCCCCCCUCUGCCCCAUGUUUCCUCUCUUUUCCUCCCCCCCCUCUGCCCCCCAUGUUUCCUCCCCCCUCUGCCCCAUGUUUUCUCUUUUUCCCCCCUCUGCCCCAUGUUUCCUCUCUUUUCCUCCCCCCCUGCCCCAUGUUUCCUCUCUUUUCCCCCCCUCUGCCCCAUCGUGGGGCUGGGGAGGGCACACUUCGAAAAACAGCCCCCGAGCAAUUUACGGAAAAGCAACUUCUUCCACUUCGUACUGGCUAUGUACGACCGACAAGGCCAGCCAGUCGAAGUGGAGAGAACAGCCUUCAUCGACUUCGUUGAAAAAGACCAGGAAGCAGACGGUCAAAGGACAAAUAACGGGAUUCAUUAUCGAUUACAGCUUCUGUACGCCAACGGUGUGCGGCAAGAGCAGGAUCUCUAUGUCAGACUCAUUGAUUCAGUCACGAAACAGGAAGCGAAACUUGCUUUUUUACCAUUUUCUUCCGUUCCCUUUUCCUCUCUCGCCCCUCUCUCCCUUUCCUUCUCUCUCUCUCGCCUCUCUCUCCCUUUCCUUCUCUCUCUCUCGCCUCUCUCUCCCUUUCCUUCUCUCUCUCUCGCCUCUCUCUCCCUUUCCUUCUCUCUCUCUCUCGCCUCUCUCUCCCUUUCCUUCUUCUCUCUCUCGCCUCUCUCUCCCUUUCCUUUCUCUCUCUCUCGCCUCUCUCCCUUUUCCUCUCUCUCUCUCUCGCCUCUCUCUCCCUUUCCUUCUCUCUCUCUCUCGCCUCUCUCUCCCUUUCCUUCUCUCUCUCUCUCGCCUCUCUCUCCCUUUCUUCUCUCUCUCUCGCCUCUCUCUCCCUUUCCUUCUCUCUCUCGCCUCUCUCUCCCUUUCCUUCUCUCUCUCUCCUCUCUCUCUCCCUUUCCUUCUCUCUCUCUCAUCUCUCUCUCCCUUUCCUUCUCUCUCUCUCAUCUCUCUCUCCCUUUCCUCUCUCUCUCUCAUCUCUCUCUCCCUUUCCUCUCUCUCUCUCAUCUCUCUCUCCCUUUCCUUCUCUCUCUCUCAUCUCUCUCUCCCUUUCCUUCUCUCUCUCUCAUCUCUCUCUCCCUUUCCUUCUCUCUCUCUCAUCUCUCUCUCCCUUUCCUUCUCUCUCUCUCUCUCUCUCCCUUUCCUUCUCUCUCUCUCAUCUCUCUCUCCCUUUCCUUCUCUCUCUCUCUCCCUUUCCUUCUCCCUUUCCUUCUCUCGCCUCUCUCUCGCGCCUCUCUCUCCCUCUCAGAUCAGUAAUCGACAAUUUCUUGUCUUUACAUUCGGCUCCAUUGAAACGGCAGUCGAGCGCGAAGCUAUCGAUUUUUAUUUUUUUCAUUUUUUUUUUUUUUUUUUUCUCUCUCCACGUCGCGCACACACAAGUGCCAUCCCUGACCGACGGCUGGCUGACGAGCUGACAGUCGGGUUGGCACACCCACUUCAAACAACUGGAAACCGAUCGGCAGCCGAUGACGGCGGCGGCGGUCUCUGCAUAAUUAGAAAUUUAUGCGUGAAACUUGCUUCGCUUUUGUAUAGUUGCAACUCUGAAUAUUUCAUUAAUACAUCCGGUCUGUGCUUGUCAGCGGAAAAAUGUCAAGACAAAAAGAAACAACUGCACAAGAGUUGGGGCUGGGGUGGGGUGUUAGAGAAGAAAGACGAGAAAAAUAGCGUUUUUUUUGGCGGGGGGAGGGGGACUGCAGAGUGGAAUAAUAGCGAGUUGGUACGGGAAGACGUGGUCUCUCCCCUCUCUCUCUUCCCUCUCUCUCUCUCUUCCCUCCACCUCUCUCUCUCUUCCCUCUCUCCUAUUCCCCUCCCCCCCCUCCUCCCCCCCCCUCUCUCUUCCCCCUCCCCUCCCCCUCCCCCCCCCCCCCCUCUCUCUCCCCCCUCCCCCUCCCCUCCCUCCUCCCCCCCUCCCUAUUCCCUCCCUCCUCUCUCUCUCCCCCUCUUCCUCUCCCCCCUCUUCUCUCUCUCCCCGCUCUUCUCCCUCCCCGCUCUUCUCUCUCUCCCCGCUCUUCUCUCUCUCCCCCGCUCUUCUCUCUCUCCCCCGCUCUUCUCUCUCUCCCCGCUCUUCUCUCUCUCCCCCUGCUCUUCUCUCUCUCCCCGCUCUUCUCUCUCUCCCCGCUCUUCUCUCUCUCCCCCUCUUCUCUCUCCCCGCUCUCUCUCCCCCGCUCUUCUCUCUCUCCCCCCUCUUCUCUCUCUCCCCCUCUUUCUCUCCCUCUUCUCUCUUUCCCCUCUCUCUUUCCUCAUACUUUCUUAA